AUGAAGCAUAUUCGGAUUAUCAGACUAUGAUGGACAUGGCUGAGGAAAUUGUGACCCAAUGUGCUCUUGCAGUUCAUGGAAAGCUCACCGUUGAUUACCAGGGGACUGAGACACAAUUGCAGCGGCCAUGGAGGAGAGAAACCAUGCACAAUCUUGUUAAGGAGGUCACCGGGGUUGGUUUCACUGAACUGGAAGAUGAUCUUACAGUUGCUAAAGAUGUUCUGAAGGCAAUCAGAAUUGGGCUCGAUAGCAAGGACAAGUCUUCUAUUGAAGCCUGCCAUUCACUUGGGAACCUCCUUAAUGAGGUUUUCGAAAUAUCUGUUGAACCGAAGCUCCUGCAACCUACAUUUGUUUUGGACUACCCCAUUGAGAUAUCUCCUCUUGCCAAACCACACCGAAGGCAUGCAGGUUUGACUGAGAGAUUUGAACUCUUCAUAUGCGGUCGGGAACUGGCCAAUGCAUUAUCGGAGUUAACUGAUCCUUUGGACCAGAGGGCCCGCCUGGAAUAGCAAGUAAAACAACAUAACAAGAAGAAAGCAGAAGCUGUUUCAGUCACAGAUGGCACGGAAGAACAAAAGAAUAAAAACGACGACUCCAUGUACGAAGUGACUCUUGACGAUGAUUUUCUUACUGCUUUGGAA